GGGGAAGACACGCGUUCACACUUUCCCGUCGAGAGCGCCAAUAUUGCUCCAGUGCUCCGAAGCCCGGCUAAGAGUCCCCUUGAAAAUGUCCAACAUUGCUAAGAUCUUCGCCUCCCGUGCCCAGGGUGUCCUGCAGGCAGCCGCUCGCCAGCCACAGGUGGCCACCCGGUUCAGCAGCUCCUCCACCAACAGCUGGGAGUACAUCAAGACCGAAGUGGCCGGCGAGGGCAAGAACGUGGCUGUGAUUACCCUAAACCGUCCCAAGGCCUUGAAUGCUCUCUGCAACGGCCUGAUGAAGGAGCUGUCCACCGCACUGCAACAGUUUAGCAAGGAUCAGAGCAUCGCCGCCAUCGUCUUGACGGGCAGCGAGAAGGCCUUCGCCGCUGGAGCCGAUAUCAAGGAGAUGGUGGGCAACACAUACUCGCAGUGCAUUCAGGGAAAUUUCCUGAACGACUGGACUGAGGUGGCCCGCACUCAGAAGCCUAUCAUUGCGGCCGUGAACGGCUACGCCUUGGGCGGUGGCUGUGAGCUAGCCAUGAUGUGCGACAUCAUCUAUGCUGGGGACAAGGCCAAGUUCGGCCAGCCGGAGAUUGCCCUGGGCACCAUUCCCGGAGCCGGAGGCACCCAGCGUCUGACCCGCGUCGUUGGCAAGUCCAAGGCCAUGGAAAUGUGCCUCACCGGCAACAUGAUUGGCGCCCAGGAGGCGGAGAAGCUUGGACUGGCCAGCAAGGUGGUGCCCGCCGACCAGCUGCUCGGUGAGGCCGUAAAGCUGGGCGAGAAGAUCGGCUCCCACUCGAAUCUGAUCGUGCAGCUGUGCAAGGAGGCCGUAAACACGGCCUACGAGACCACUCUCCAGGAGGGUCUGAAGUUUGAGCGUCGCACCUUCCAUGCUACGUUCUCAACAGCCGAUCGCAAGGAGGGCAUGACCGCCUUCGCCGAGAAGCGCCCGGCCAAGUUCACCAACGAAUAAGGCCCGAUGGUAGUACGACCCCUCCCAGCCAGCAAUGCAUUUAUAUUCUUGUAACAAAAUCAGUUGUUUGUACGCAAUUAAAACUUUAAUCGUGAUAAUUUGAAA